AUGCUGUCAUUAGCAAUCAAAGCUGGGGAAUUCGAUCUGUACUUUGACUUUUCCGCAAUCCACGAUACUCACAGAGUUUGGGUUUGUCAUUGCUGUCGCCCUUGCAUCUCGACCUCGUCUUUUGUCCGACUGCACUUCUUGCCCUUUCGGGCUCUUGUGCGCCCAAAGUCGAACGCGGAGCAGACGCAGCCGAAUUCUGGUGGACCGAGUUCGUUCGUAUGCCCGCUCCCCUCUUCUGUCUGUCAAAGAAGAAUCAAGGGUUACGAGCUUCCCCCCUCCCAUUUAAAUACGGAUCCUCCACCUCGAAACUCCCAACCCACCAACCGCCAUCCCCGAGAGCCUUUUACUGUAAUCGAGGAGGAAUUCAGUCCUGCACCGCUUGCAGUCUCGAGCUUCGUUACGUGA